AUGGCUUCUGUGCCCACCACCUGGUGCUCCGUUGCUCUAGCCCUGCUUGUGGCCCUGCACGAAGGGAAGGGCCAGGCUGCUGCCACUCAGGAGCAGCCAGCGCUCUCGCCCCAUGCCCAAGGCGCCCACCUGCGGUUCCGCCGCUGCUCCUGCAGCUCCUGGCUUGACAAGGAGUGCGUCUACUUCUGCCACCUGGACAUCAUCUGGGUGAACACUCCCGGACAGACAGCUCCUUACGGCCUGGGAAACCCGCCAAGGCGCCGGCGCCGCUCCCUGCCAAGGCGCUGUGAGUGCUCCAGCACCAAGGACUCUGCCUGUACCACCUUCUGCCAUCAGACACCUUGGGCUGAAGCCGGGUCAGUCCUAAGCAGCCAGUCCCCUGCAGAUGUGUUGCAGACUAGAAAGGCGUGGGCCAAAGAAGGAGAGCUCCUCCAGAGACUAAGGGACAUCUCUGCUGCCAAGAUCCGCUCUGCCAGGCGUCAGCGGGAGGCAACAAGGGAGCCCAAGCCAGCCCACUCCAGGUGGAGGAAGAGAUAG